UUUUUUCGACCGGCAAACCCAUUUCAUCUAAUCUCAUAAGUUUCCUACAUUCCACCGGCAAACCCAAGACAAGAAAGCCCCAAAAGAAAAACCCAGAAAUGAACACAGCGGCGAGUCACCUGGUCAGUAAGCUGAAACGUCCGAGUUCAGCCAUCAACUCACUGAGUUCAUCCCUUCAACAAUGGCGUGGAAUCAGAGUUCAGGUCAUAAAUGGGAACUUAGAGCAAGCGCUGACAUUCAUGCAAAGAAAAAUGACUUCAAGUGGGAUCGAACGGCAGUUAAAAAAUCAUCAAGCACGCCACAUAAAGAAUUCUGAAAAGCGCGUUAUAGCACGAAAAACUUUGCAGCUUAGGCUUCGAUCUCAAGACCUUGCUCGUAAGCUCAAAUCAAUCCUCAUCAAGAAAGUCAGGGGUCUAUGAGAGAUGCGUGUUGGAGAUGCCAGCUCUGCAUUCAUAUUUUCGAGUUUUGUGAUGCUGUUGGGUUUAAAGCCCGCGUAAUUGACUUUCUUCAAUUAGCGAACAAGUAUAAGAAUGUUGAAAGGUUCAUGGAAGCUGCAAAUUAGUUGCAGAACAAGAACCAUACAUUUUUGAGUUAGACUUGCAAUUUCUUAUUAGUUGUAUUCUGUUUGUUUACAAAUUUCCUAACGAUAAGAUCUAAGCAAAGUUUAAUGUGGUGAAUGAAAUAUCGACAGCUAUGUUGGUUUCUUA